AUGAUUCCCACACCGGGCCUACCACCUCCUUCUGAAGCUUCGAGAUCCCAAACCUGGGCCACUGGUUCGGACAGCAUGCCAGCAGCAGGGUUGGUGACGGGUCUGGGUGCAAGCGUGGCUGCUGCUGAUGGUGCGGCUGCCAGUGCGGGUGCUGCGUUGGGGGCAUCUAUGGGCGCUGGUCAAGCAGCGGCGAGAGGAGGGAGAGAGGGAAGUGAGGCAGCUUUGGGUGGAGUGCAGGAAGGUGUGGGGGUUGGUGUGGGGGUAGGGACAGGCAGAGGAAUGGGUCAACGUGUUGGUUUGGCUGGUCCAGCAAUGCCAGGGUACCUGCCACCAGGCCCUUCCAUCCCAUCCGGCCCAGCACAGGCGGGAGGGGCAGCGGAGCAGGCAGGUCGGGCGGGUGGCGCGUCUCUCAUGAUUCCCACGCCUGGCGGCCCCCCGGUGAUGGACGCUGGGGGGCUCACUGCGUCUGCUGCUCGCGACGGCGCCUCUGGUUGGGCUGGGGCAGCAGGGGGGCCGGGUGGGGCAGGUGGGGCUGUGGGGGACGGUGCUGCUGUGGCCGGGGCUGGUGCCGGUGCUGCUGGCGUGGGUGGUGCAGGUGGUGUGAUGGCGCAUCAGCAGCACUCACGCCAGCAGCCGCAGCAGCACCCGCAGGUUAAGGGGAACGCGGGUUUUCCACAGCGGAUGCAGGGGGGAAAAGGGCCAGUGAUCUCACAGCAAGUGCAGCAGCAGCAGCAGCAGCAGCAGCAGCAGCAGCAGCCCUCCGGUUCAACACCUGGUUCUGGAGCAACAGGUGCAGUGCUGAAUGGCGUGCCUGCUAGUACCGAACCUUCUGCCAAAGCCACUGCAGGGGCAGGAGCAGCGGCGGGAGCAGCGGCAGGAGCAGGUGCAGGAGGAGGAGCGGCAGCAGGAGCGGGAGCAGGGGCAUUGGUGGAAGCGGGAGCAGGGGCGGGAGCAGCGGGGGAGAUAGCAGCAGGAGGCGGCGCGAUUGACCCCCAGCGGGCCAUGCAGUACCAGCGGCAGCAAAAGUGGCUGCACACGCUGCGCCAUGCGUCCCGCUGCACCGCUGCCAACGGCUCCUGCAACGUGGGCGCGCACUGCCGCGUGUUUCGAGAGCUCUGGGCCCACUGCUCCCGCUGCAAGGACCCUGAGUGCGCCUACCCCCGCUGCGUUCCUUCCAGAAAGCUUCUGCACCACCACCAGAUUUGCCGGGAUCCCAAGUGCCCCGUGUGCGGGCCUGUGAGGCGGGCGUUUCAGCAGCAGAUGCUGGCGGCGAGAGCGAAUGCGGCGGCUGCGGCUGCGGCGGCGGCUGCCGCUGCUGCUGCGGCUGCGGCUGCAGCGGCUGCUCCUGUAGAGGCUGCUGCAGCUGAUGCCGCUGCGGGUGCUGGGAGUGAGCGGCAGGACGAGAAAGAGACAGAGGUGGGUGUUGGUGCCAGUGAUGGUCAGGUCACGACAGUGCCUGUGGCGGAUGGAGCAGUUGCAGUGAAUGGCGAUGCUUCCAAUGCUGCAGCAGCUGCAGGUGGGCAGGGAGAUCACUCCACUGCUGUGCCGGUUGUCACCACUGGUACCGCCAAGCCUGCACCUGCACCUGAAGACACAGCCACAGGCAAAGGGGCAUCUGCCAAUGGAGCUUCGGCUCCUGCUAUUACAGGGCAGAAGAGGCCGAAUGAGGGAGCUAGGCGUGGGGAGGGCGGGGUAGCAGAGCCAGGGCGGGAGAAGGAGAGGGAGAAGGAGAAGGGGGCAGGGGCGCAGCCUCUGAAACGAGCCAAGCUGGAAGGCGGGGUGGGGGGUCUAAAGGCUGCAGGUGGUGUUUCUGGCGCGGGUGGUGCUGGUGGCGGCGCAGCGAGUGUGAAGGCAGAGCCUCGGACAGAAGAUAGCAAGGCGCUUGUACCUGCAGGGGGCGCAGGAGCAGUCACCACCACAGCAGCAGCCGCAGCAGCAGCAUCAGCAGCGGCGGCAGCGGCGGCAGCAGCAGCGAGCAACAAGAACAUGAAGAGCAAGGGCGUGGGCACGUCUCUAACCGAGCUCUUCACCCCAGAGAUGAUCCGUCUGCACGUGCGGAGUCUGCGGCAGUGGGUAGGGCAGAGCAAGCAGAAGCAGGAGAAGCUGCAGGCAGCGCAGCAGCUGCAGCAGCAGCAGCCACGGGACAGUGACUGCCGGCUGUGCUCCGUGGAAAAACUCUUUUUCGACCCGCCGCCCAUCUACUGCACGGCGUGUGGGCGCAGGAUUCAGAGGAACAAGGCGUAUUAUGCCACGCCGGGCGCAGGCGACCAGCGGCAGUGCGUGUGCAACCGGUGCUACGGGGACUUCCGAGGGGAUGCGAUCACGCUGGAGGGGCUCAGGCCGAUUCCCAAGGCUAGUCUCACCAAGAGGAUCAAUGACGAGGAGACAGAGGAAGCGUGGGUGCAGUGCGACACGUGCGACCGGUGGGUGCACCAGGUGUGUGCGCUCUUCAACGGGCGGCGCAACGAGGGCGAGGCGGAGUACACGUGUCCGCUGUGCUGCUGCGAGCAGAUGGAGCGCGGCCUCCGGGCGCCACUCCCGCCCUCCACCGUGCUCGGCGCCCGAGACCUGCCGCGCUCGCGCCUCUCGGAUCAUCUAGAGGGGCGGCUGGCGAAGAGGCUUGCGCAGGAGAGGGAGGAGAGGGCCAGGCAGCAGAGGAAGAGACCGGAUGAGGUGGAGGGGCCCGAGGAGCUGGUGAUUCGAGUGGUGUCGUCCGUGGACAAGAGGAUGGAGACGAAGCCACGCUUUCUCAACAUGUUCCCAGAUGGAGAGUACCCCAAAGAGUUCCCUUACAAGUCCAAGGUGGUGCUGCUGUUCCAGCGCAUAGAGGGCGUGGAGGUGUGUCUCUACGCCAUGUACGUGCAGGAGUUUGGUGCCGACUGCCUGCCGCCCAACCACCGCCGCAUCUACCUCUCCUACCUCGACUCCAUCAAAUACUUCCGCCCGGACGUGCGCACAGUGAAUGGAGAAGCGCUGCGCACCUUCGUGUACCACGAGAUCCUGAUCGGGUACCUGGAGUAUUCCAAGAUGCGCGGCUUCACGAGCUGCUACAUCUGGGCGUGCCCGCCGCUCAAGGGCGAGGACUACAUCCUCUACUGCCACCCCGAGAUCCAGAAGACGCCCCAACCCGUCAAGCUGCGCGAAUGGUAUCUCACCAUGCUGCGCAAGGCGACAGCGGAGAGCAUAGUGGUAGAGGUGAGCAACCUCUACGACACAUUCUUCGUACAGAUCGGCGAGUGCCGCGCGCUUCCCUCUGCGGCCCGCCUGCCGUACUUCGAUGGGGACUACUGGCCGGGCGCCAUGGAGGACGAGCUGCAGAAGCUGCUGGAGGAGCGCGAGGAGGAGAAGGCCGGAGGGAAGGGGCCCAAGAAGGCCAAGAAGAGCAAAGCUUCGAGCAAGCGCGGGGGCGGAGGGGGCAGGGAUGAGGACUUGGGGACUCCUGCGUCGCUGGACAAGCAGCUGAUGAGCAAGCUGGGCAGCACGAUAUUGCAGAUGAAGGAGGAUUUCAUAAUGGUGCACAUGCACUACUGCUGCUCGCACUGCAAGAACUUCAUCAUUGCCGGCAACAGAUGGGUGUGCCUGCAGCCGCAGUGCAAGCACUUCAACAUCUGCGACUCGUGUUUCAAGCAGGAGGAGCGGCGCAGCCCCGUGGACCGCCACCCUGUGCUGCUCAAAGAGGCCCACCAACUCGCUCCCAGGCCUAUUGACCCGCCCGUUCCUGCAGAAACCAAGGACCCGGACGAAGUGGUGGAGUCCGAGUUUUUCGAUACGCGGCAGGCCUUCCUCUCUCUCUGCCAGGGCAACCACUACCAGUACGACACGCUGCGCCGCGCCAAGCACUCCUCCCUCAUGGUGCUCUACCACCUGCACAACCCCACCGCCCCGGCCUUUGUCGUCACGUGCAACGCGUGCCAGCGUGACAUCGAGAACCGGCAGGGGUGGCGGUGCGAGCAGUGUCCAGAUUAUGACGUGUGUGCUCAGUGCAAGGACACGUGCGGGCAUCCCCACCCGCUGGUGUCGCAUGCGAGCCAGCCGGAUAGGAACGCGCAGAGCCAGGAGGGGCGGCAGCAACGCAUCAAGGAGGUACGCAAGAUGCUCGAGCUAUUGGCGCAUGCAGCCUCAUGCCGCCCACAACCAGGCACCGUAUGCACGUACCCCAAGUGCAGCAUGGUCAAGAUGCUGUUCCGCCACGGCACCAUCUGUGCCGUGCGGUCAGCAGGGGGCUGCCAGCACUGCAAGCGCAUGUGGGGGCUGCUGCACCUGCACGCGCGCUCCUGCAAGGACAGCCUCUGCAAAGUGCCGCGCUGCAAGGAUCUCAAGGAGCAUUUCCGGCGGUCGGCGCAGCAGAUGGAGUCGAGGCGGCGCAAGGCCGUGCAGGAGAUGAUGCGACAGAGGGCAGCGGAGGCGGCUGGAGGGGCGCUCAAGAGAUGA